UGGCAUUUGUUUCGUGAAUUUAGCGUUAAAAAGGGGUAUUUUUAUUUCCCUCUUAGUUACUUUAUUGCUCUGUGUUUUUUAAUUAGUUUAAAAAAGUUGUCUGCGGUGGACAAAUUUUGUUUAAUUGUCAAUAAGUUUCCGGUAGAAAUUCUCUUUUUGUUGAAUUGAAAUAUCACGAUGUUCAGUAACGCUAACACGAAAAAUGCCUCAAGUUACAGCAGUGGCCCGCAGCUGAUGAACAUGGCCAACCUCACAAUAGCUCCUUGUGCAAUAAUAAUGGUUGGCCUGCCUGCCAGGGGAAAGACAUAUAUGGCCAAAAAGCUGUCCAGGUAUCUGAAUUGGAUCGGGCUGAACACAAAAGCUUUCAGUGUUGGAGAUUAUAGGAGGAAGGCAUCCAGUAGUUUCAACAACUUGUCAGAUUUCUACGACCCUAACAACAUUGAAGCGUCAAAAGUGAGAGAGAAAUGCAUACUGGAUGCGCUGGGUGAUCUUCAAGCCUUCCUCAUGGACAAGGGAGAGGUUGGCGUGUUUGACGCGACGAAUGGAAGGCGUGAUGAGAGGCAGCACAUCUUCGAUGUCCUCACUAUAAAAUGUGGCUUCAAAACCUUCUUCGUCGAGUCAUUCUGCCAUGGAGACAAGAUUGUGGAGGCCAACAUCAGACAGGUCAAGAUCAACCACCCGGACUACAGGGGACUGACUGUUGAAGAGGCUGUUGCAGAUUUUAAAAAGAAAAUUAAACGCUUGGAGCUUGAGUACGAGACAAUAGAUGAGAUUAAGGAUGAGCACCUCUCCUAUAUGAAGAUCAUUGACCAGGGUCGCAUGUUUCUUGUUAAUAAGGUUCACGGUCAUGUAGAGAGUCGAGUGGUCUACUAUCUGAUGAACAUACACGUCCUACCGAGAACCAUCUACCUGACCAGGCACGGGGAAAGUGUGAUGAAUCUCGCCGGCAGGAUCGGAGGUGACGGAGAUCUCUCUGAAAACGGAGUUGAAUUUUCGAAGGUCCUCACAGAUUACGUCAACAAUCUCAAUAAGCCCAAUCUCAAGAUAUGGACGAGUUUGAUGAAGAGGACGAUACAGACAGUCUCAGGUCUCAACAAUCAGAAAGAGCACUGGAAGGCAUUGAACGAAAUCGACGCUGGUGUCUGUGAGGGGAUGACCUACCAGGAGAUCCAUGAAAAGUAUCCAGAAGAGUUUGCAUUGAGGGAUAAUGAUAAGUAUCAUUAUAGGUAUCCAGGUGGGGAGUCAUAUGAAGAUUUGGUGGCCAGAUUGGAGCCAGUCAUCAUGGAGCUGGAGAGACAGGAAGAUGUCCUGGUCAUCUGCCACCAGGCUGUGGCUCGCUGCUUGCUGGCCUACUUCAUGGACAAGCCCCAGGAGGAACUUCCAUAUUUGAAGAUCCCCCUCCAUAACAUCAUCAAGCUUACUCCUGUCGCCUACGGGUGUGAAAUUGAGUUUAUCAAUCUGAACGUGAAAGCCGUGGACACGCACAGACCACUUCCAGCAAACUUGCAAGUCACUCGGAGUGCUCAUGAUGCCUUGGCCACUGUACCACCAACACCCACAACUCUAUCUAUUUAGGAAAUUAUUUUUUUAUUCAUCUAUAUAUAUAUAUAUAUAUAUAUAUAUAUAUAUAUAUAUAUAUAUCUCUGUGUAGUUUGAAUAUAUUUAUCAAUCUAAUGCUCAUUGCUGUUUACUACUGAUUAAAAUCACUGGAACUAGUGUGACUAUUUAUUAUCAGUAUCAUAAGCAUCAUAUUUGCAUUGUUGAUUACAUACUAGCUAGUGUCACUGCACGGUUUUUUAAUAUAAUUAACGCAUAGGAAGAUUUUUAAAUAAUUUUUUUUACUCUGGGUUGCUCCGUACAAAGGUACGUGUUGGGUUUUUAUUUUCGGGUGCUUUUUAAAAGUUAUUUCCUGCUUACGGUUAUCUGUUAAUUUACUGUUUUUGUUAUAUUUUGUCAUAUCAUUAAUUAUGCAUUAUAUUCUGAGUAAGCUAAUUUCUUUAAAACGAAUUUGUUUUUCUUAUUGUGUCC